AUGGACUCCGACGAGAAGCGCCUUAGGACCGGCUUCGACAAGUUCAGGACCGAGGUCUACGACAAGAAGCCGGAUCUCUUCGAGCGGCUCAAGACCAAACAGAAACCCAGGUAUCUGGUGUUCGCGUGCGCUGACUCGCGUGUGUGCCCAUCAGUCACCCUGGGCCUAGAACUCGGUGAGGCAUUCAUCGUCCGCAACAUCGGCGCCAUGGUCCCCUUCUACUGUGAGAACAAGCACACCGGCAUUGGAUCGGCCAUCGAAUACGCCAUCUGCGUCCUUGAGGUUAAGGUCAUCGUGGUGAUUGGCCACAGCCGCUGCGGUGGAAUCAAGACCCUCCUCUCGCUCAAGGAUGGCGCGGAUGACUCCUUCAAAUUUGUUGAGGACUGGGUCAGGAUCGGGUUAUCGGCUAAGAGGAAGGUCGAAGACGAGUACUCAGGCAAACCUCCAGAGGAGCAAUGUGCCUUCUUGGAAAAGGCGGUUGUCGACGUGUCCCUCGACAAUCUGAGAACCUACCCGUUCGUCAAGGAUGGUUUGGACAACGGAACAGUCAAGCUGGUCGGCGGCCACUAUGACUUCGUCUCCGGCAAGUUUGAUACAUGGAAAGCUAAAAAUCAAACUUCCUCCCAUCGCUCAUCUCUCUGA